AUGCAAAUCUACGUUAUUUGUGGUGUAUGGACACUGGGUGCCAAUAAGGAGUGGAGAUUUAUUGAUGAUGAAGAAAAACGUGCGAGAUUACUGACUUUGCAACCCACUACGUCUCUUGAAGAAUUGCAGGUGAUGGUUUCAGAAGACUAUGAAAUAGAGCAAAGUAUGUUUGAUGUGGAAUUCAGUUAUUUACCCACAAAGGUUAAAGUUGAUUAUCCUCCCGUUGUAUUGACAAAUGAUAGAGGAAUGAAAAUUUUUCUUGCAUGUCUGAAAAGGAAAAACAUGAUUAGGUUGUGUGUUACGUUCAAAGGAAUAGUUGAUGAUGAUAGGAGUAAAGUCCAGUUCGAUCUGAAUAAGGACCCACAUGAUACAAGUGAUGGUGAUGAUGUGGGAGUUGAUCUGGGAAAAUCAGUAGCUAUUAUUUCCAGGAAUUCACAUAAGCUAACUGAUGUUGUAUUAGAAAAGCCUAUUGAUGCUAAUCUUGGUGAUGCUGCUGGUUCAAAGUUGGAAGAUUCAAUGGUAAAGAAGGGCGAGUAUUUUAGCAGUAAGGAAGCUUUACAAGCUACUAUGGAAAUGUACGGCUGUGAGCUAAAAUAUCACCAAGCUUGGGAGUCUCGGGAGUAUGCAGUUAACGAAGUUAGAGGAAUUCCUGAGAAAAGUUAUGCUAAGAUACCAAAAUACUUGCACAUGCUACAAGAAGCGAAUUCAGGUACGUUCACGAAUUACGAAAUUGAAUUUGAUGGAAGAUUCAAAUAUCUAUUUACUUCUUUUGGUCAAUCAAGAAGUGGGUUCUACAAGGCAAUGCGGAAAGUGAUAGUAGUUGAUGGAAUAUUUUUGAAGAAUAAAUACAAAGGAGUUCUACUAGUUGCUACAGCUUUUAAGAUGGUUAUAGCUGAUGAAGAAGGUUUAUCAUUUGUGUCAGAUAGACAUACAUCGAUUGCUAAAUCAAUUGGAAACAUCUACCCAUUGGCUAAACAUGGUAUUUGCAUCCACCACUUGAUUAGUAAUGCUAUAACAUACAAUAAGGGCAGAGGUGUCGCUGGUAUGGUUGUAAAAGCAUCAAAAGCAUCAGAAGCUUAUAUAGUUUCUGAGUUUGAGAAAGAGUUUGUGCGAAUUAACAAUAUUAAUCCUGCUAUUGGAAGUUAUCUAGAGGAAGCCGAUGUGAGAAAAUGGGCUCGCAUUAGCACCAACAAUGCGGCUGAGUCAAUCAAUGCAGCUUUGAGGUCACCCAGAGAGUAUCCAAUAAUUCCUUUGUUAGACAGCAUCAGAGAAAUGAUGACACGCUGGUUUUAUGAGAGUAGAGAGUUAAGUGCAAAGCAAAAAGAUUCUUUAACUGUUGAGGUGGAGAAAAAGAUUUCAAGAAGAAUAGAAAAAGGUAAAUUCAUGAACGAUUAUCCGAUGAGCAGAUCCAUGUUGCAGGUUAAAGGUAAUGGAGUAGACAACAUUGUUGACUUAGAAAGAAGGACUUGUUCAUGUGGAAAGUUCAGCAUAGGAAAACUCCCUUGUAGACAUGCUAUAAAACGAGCUUUUGAUAUAGGCAAAGAUCUAUAUCCUUGUGCUGAUGAUGUGUAUACCACUACCGCAUGGAGAUCGCAAUAUGAGUAA